AUGCAGCUGUCUCCAGCCGGUCUUCUGGCCUCCCCGUUCCUUUACCUCUCUGCGUUUAGCAACAUACAAAUUACAUACAAAAGAUACCCAAAAGAUCAAACCAAAAGCCUUUUUUCAACUCAUCGCUGGCUUCAUCGAGAACUUCACGGCCGUGGCUGGUCUUUGACUAUGUCCGGCGAAUACCCCGUCACAAACAACGCUGCUGGCUCAACUGAAGAGAAAAAUUUUCAAAAAAUCAUUGUCCCGACUGUCCCAGAUAAGCUUGAAGAUACUACAGAAAGCCGCUGGGAGCGCAGUUGGCCGGUGAUCGCAGGUGGUGCGGGUCUAUUUUCUGACGGGUACCUCAACAAUAUUAUCGGCUCAGUCAACACCGUUCUCCGCAUCCUCUACCCAGUUGCCUACACCAAAUCUGCCGCCGUCAAAAAUGUCCCCUCCAUCGCCUUCGCCGGCACCGUCGUCGGUCAGCUCCUGUUCGGCGUUAUCAGUGACCACUACUCCCGCAAAUGGUCCUUGAUGGCGUCUACUCUCGUCCUCAUCAUCUUCGCAGCUCUGUCUGCAGGAUCCUACGGCGCUAACGGUAGUGUACCUGGCCUCUUCACUGCGUUAACUAUCUAUCGCUUCUUCCUUGGCGUGGGGAUUGGUGGCGAAUAUCCCGCUGGCAGCGUUGCAGCGGCUGAGAGCGCGGGGGAACUGAAGAGGGGCCAUCGGAACAGAUGGUUUAUUAUGUUCACGAAUGUUCAGAUCAAUCUUGGGUUCGUUCUUGCGGCAUUUGUGCCUAUGGUUGUGGUAUUGGUUUUUACUGAGAACCACUUAAGGACGGCGUGGAGGGUUAUGUUGGGUCUUGGGGUCCUUCCGCCCCUGAGUUUGCUCUAUUUACGGAUGAAGCUUCGGGAGCCCGAGAAUUUUAAUCGAGAGAGGAUGCAUAAAUAUCCUGUCAAACUGAUUGCUAGGUUCUAUUGGUGGCGACUGUUUAUUGUCUCCUUAGCAUGGUUCGCAUACGACUUUUCCUCCUACGCCUUCGGUAUCUACUCGAGCGUCUGGCUUAGGAUCGUCCUCUCAGAUUCCGCACCCCUCUGGAAAUCCUUUGGAUGGAACACCGUCAUCAAUUUUUUCAACCUUCCCGGCGCAUGCUUGGGUGCCUUCAUCUCCGAUUGGAUUGGCCCUCGCUACGCACUUUCCAUCGGCGUCUUUUUACAGGGUAUCGUCGGCUUCAUCAUGGCAGGAUGCUACGAGUUCCUCGCAACGGCGAAAAAUGUCGGUGCGUUUGUCGUUCUCUAUGGUAUCUUCAUCUCCCUCGGCGAGAUUGGACCAGGCAAUAACAUCGGCCUCAUCGCGGCCAUGACCAGUGCCACGGCUGUGCGUGGACAAUACUAUGGCAUCGACACAAUUGCACUAGAAGACGCACGCUUUCGCCGGUACCUGGAGGAGAAUGGAUAUGAUACGAGCAAGAUGGGGGUGUCCAUGAAACAAAAACUGCAGCAGCUGGAACAGAGUCAGCUGCAGGAGCCGGCGGCCUAA